CCACAGCUAGGUUAUUGCCCUUUAAGCGGCUCUGCACCUCUCACUGAUUCGCGCGCUCGCCACUUACCGCCGCUCGCUUACCGCCGCUUGCUCCGUCGUCGCCGCCGCAUCUUUGACGGGGAGAAGAAGGUCGAGCUCGCUCUUACUUGAACCAGAGAGUUGUCAAUCUAGUAGGUAAUUGCUGAAGUUGGUGAUUUGGAAAUAGAUUGAUUGAACUCAUGGCAUGACAUUGUACUAGUGAAUUGUGAUUCAACUGCUAACUCAGAUUACUCAUUGCGGAAACCCCUACUUGCUUGCUUGCUUUCAUUGGCUUCCAAUCCAAAUGGCCAACGACUCGUUGUUUGCCGGCAUUCAUUUCGAUAGAAAGAAGUUCGGCGCUGAUAUUGCCAGGUUCCAGAAAAAAGAGAACGCUAACGAUUCAGUGAAGAUUUGGAGCGUGACUGAAGAUGAAAGUGAGAAAACAGAAGAUACAGUCAAGGAGAGAGCACCGUCUGUGAAGAAGAGGAAGCGCAAGAGAAACUCUCGCGAAGAAACGGUUGAAGGGUUUAGUGUGUUUAGAAGUUCAGCACACGAGCCACAGUUGGAAUUGAAUGAUGAAGUCCAACCUGACGAUGAUGAGUCCAUUCGACUGAAGAAAGAAAAAAAUAGACAACUUGAGCGGGAUGCUCUCUUCAGGAAGACACAUAACAUUCAUGUCUCUGGUUAUAAUGUGCCAUCCCCACUUCAAAACUUUGAUGAAUUGAAAUCAAGAUAUAAUUGUCCGUCAUAUUUAUUGCGCAAUCUCGCAAAACUUGGAUUUAGAGAACCAACACCAAUCCAACGGCAGGCUAUUCCAGUACUUUUACAUGGUCGUGAAUGCUUUGCUUGUGCCCCAACUGGUUCUGGAAAAACCUUUGCUUUUGUGUGUCCCAUGCUUAUGAAGCUCAAGGAACCUUCCAGAGAUUGCAUUCGGGCUGUUAUCCUUUGUCACACCCGUGAAUUAUCUGCUCAAACAUACCGAGAGUGCAAAAAGCUUGCUAAAGGGAAAAAUUUUCGUAUCAAGUUAUUGACGAAACAACUUCUACGAAAUGCAGAUUUUUCGAAAUUUCCAUGUGACAUACUUAUAUCCACACCACUUCGAUUACGCAUGGCUAUCCGAAGGAAAAAGGUUGAUCUCAGCAGAGUUGAGUAUCUUGUCUUGGAUGAAUCCGAUAAGUUAUUUGAACCUGACUUGUUCAAGCAGAUUGAUUCUGUUAUUAAAGCAUGCUCGAAUCCCUCAAUAAUACGCUCCCUGUUCAGUGCCACUUUACCUGAUUUUGUUGAAGAUAGAGCUCGAGAACUCAUGCAUGAUGCUGUUCGGGUAAUUGUUGGCAGGAAGAAUACAGCUUCUGAAACAAUAAAGCAAAAAUUGGUGUUUACUGGAAGUGAAGAAGGAAAACUUCUGGCAAUUCGUCAAAGUUUUGCAGAGAGUCUAAAUCCUCCAGUUUUGGUCUUUCUCCAAAGCAAGGAACGAGCCAAGGAGCUGUAUGGUGAACUUGCAUUUGACAACAUUAGAGUUGAUGUCAUCCAUUCUGAUUUGUCUCAAGAAGAGCGAGAAAAUGCUAUUGAUAACUUCAGAGCUGGAAAGACAUGGGUUUUGAUUGCUACUGACGUGGUUGCCCGUGGCAUGGAUUUCAAAGCUGUCAACUGUGUGAUCAAUUAUGAUUUCCCAGAUUCUGCUUCUGCAUAUAUCCACAGAAUUGGUCGUUCUGGCAGAGCUGGGAGGAGUGGAGAAGCGAUUACAUUUUACACCGAGGAAGACAUUCCCUUCCUGCGGAAUGUAUCUAAUCUUAUGGCUUCAUCAGGCUGCGAAGUUCCAUCCUGGUUAAUGGAGUUGCAAAAAAAGAAGUGGAGGAGACAUCGGCCAAAAAGAGAUUCAAUCUCUACCUAACCAGAUAUUUAAGCCUAUGACCCCAGCAGAAAAUGGGAACAAAUUCUUAACCUUGAAAUUUCUCUAGUAAACUCUCUCUAUACGCCAGUAAACUGUGUUAAAUAAGAUAUUUUGUUUCCCCCUUCCAAAACAAUAGUAAAUUUUAGCAUGAUGAGAAAGGUAAAUCAUGUUUUAGGCCAUAGAGCAAUGGGGUUGCGGGCAGUGUUCCCUGCAUAAGUUCAAAGUUUAAACCAUGGUGCUUAUACACAACAUAUAUCAUGAUAAAUGUUGUCGUAUGUAAUGGGAAAUUUUGUGCCUCGUCUUGUAGUGAACAUUGAAUUCUUUAAUCCCUCGAAUAUCUUAUUUUACCAACUUUAAGAAAUUCCUUUUCAUUGAA